AGGUGACGCUCAACAACCGUUCAUUGCGACAAGGCUCUCCACUACGCACCCACUAGUUCUUUGUCCCCUUGUCGUUUCGUCUCAAGCACUAGACAUUCGUCCGAGACGUGAAAACAUCGUUUGUCUCUUUCGAGACAGCUCUACGGCUACCGUUCUCUCAUAUGGGUCUCUUUCAGUUUUGCUUAUCUAGUGCAGUGACUAAGCUCUACUAAAACCCAUUGGCGAGAGAUCCUAACGCUUCGGGUUUGCUCUGAUUCGGCGGUGUGGAACUUCAAUCCGGAAGGAAGUCGAUUCAACUCGAGCGAUGUUGGGACCUAUUGCGGUGGCAGUGGUGGUAGGCGUUCUUGGAUGGGCAUAUCAGGCGUUGAAGCCCCGGCCCCCAAAGAUAUGUGGCUCGAGAAAUGGUCCUCCAGUCACGUCCCCCAGAGUCAAACUCAGUGAUGGGAGGUAUUUAGCUUACAGGGAGAUCGGCACCCUGAAGGAAGAGGCUAAGUACAGAGUCAUUGUAAUCCAUGGGUUCGACACUUCCAAGGAUCUCAAUUUGCCAAUUCCUCAAGAACUUAUAGAGGAGCUAAAAAUAUACUUUCUCUUCUACGACAGAGCAGGUUAUGGGGAAAGUGAUCCAAAUCCAUCUCGCUCCGUGAAAAGCGAGGCAUUAGAUAUUCAAGAACUGGCUGACCAGUUACAGAUUGGGUCCAGAUUUUACGUGAUUGGGAUCUCAAUGGGCGCCUACCCGGCUUGGGGUUGCCUCAGAUAUAUACCCCACAGGUUAUCGGGAGCUUCCUUAGUUGUCCCUUUCGUGCACUACUGGUGGCAUUCAUUUCCUUCCAGGCUACUAAGGGAGGCCUUUGGAAAAUUGCUAGCGCCUGAUCAGUGGACAUUCCGAGUCGCUCAUCAUGCCCCUUGGUUACUUUACUGGUGGAUAACCCAAAAAUGGUUUACCUCGCUAAGCAUGAUGGCUGGAGACAUGAGGAUUUUCAGCCCGGGAGAUUUGGAAAUUAUCAAGAGCUGUGGGGACAAAAUUAACCUUUGUCAGGAAAAGAUACGGCAGCAAGGUGUUCAUGAAUCUCUACACCGGGAUUUAAUAGCGGGUUAUGCAAGCUGGGAAUUUGAUCCCCUGGAACUGGAAAACCCUUGUCCCGACAGUCAGGGCUCGGUUCACAUUUGGCAAGGGUUGGAAGACCGCAUAAUUCCUUAUGAGAUUAACCAGUACAUUGCAGAGAAACUUCCAUGGAUUCGUUACCACGAGGUACCCAACGGCGGACACUUGUGCAUCUUGGAGACCGAACUUUGCGUUGCUGUGAUAAGGGCACUUUUACUGGGAUAAGCUUGCUUGUGUUGGGGAACCUACCCCACCUCGCCCUGAGCAAUUUCCGUGUAACCGGUGACGCUCCAGGAGAGGGUUGGCUUGUGUAUGGGCCAGUGCACCUGGCGUAGGCGAGGGAACUAGCUUCUCUAACAAUUUUACCAUCAGUGAGUGUGCCGGAGUCGCCUCCGACUUUAAGAUGCUUGAGAUCUCUAGGUGCUGGGUAUGAAUAUGCUUGAUGAUUGGUCUCUUCCUCAUCCUAAGUUCUGCUUUCUUACUUGUUCCAACUUUUCUUCCUAAUCCUAUCACUUGCUCGCUAUGCUUGCUGUUUCGGACGCAGCAAUCCGCUGAACAGAAUCGAUCGAUAUACAUUCGUUGAA